CCAACCGCCGGGGACGCGCACUCGGCCAGCCUCUCCACCCGCCCUCCAGCGCCAACCCCGGCAGCAGCGGAGCCGGAAAUAAGAGACCGGAAGUCGCGUUGGCCUGCGCCCUGGACGGCCGCUCUGUCCCUCGCUCGGGCCGGGCUUGGCUACGUCUCGAUGGUGUCGGGGCGCCUCCCACGAGGCCGCCCCGCCCCUCUCGAGGAGGCUGGCCCCGCCCCUCCCACGCGGCCCUAGCAACCACUUCCGGGACUCGGCGGGAGGGCGAGGUUGUCGCCUGGCCGCUGCGGGCUCUUGCGCGCGGGCUUACCCGCACCUGCUGGAGCUGGGGCACGCGGAGGGGCGCUCCCUCCUGGCCUGCAAGGGUCGGAGGCCUCCGGGAGUCCGGAGCACCCCAACUUUCCUACAUCCCCCAGCCCCCCGCGCUAGGCGCCCUCCCCCCCCAGCAGACGAAGGAAGAUAGACCAUCGAGUUCUAGAAGGAGUCCGUCAUUCUCCCCUUCACCUGAAGAGACUGCGAAAUUAAUGGCUAACAUUUUGUCUGAAAUUUUACUGAAUGCUUUUCCUUCUUAUCUCUGAGGCCUUCUGUGGAGAAUUAAUAGGAGGUUGAAUGCAUACAUGGAUAAAAUGGAUCAUCUUAAAGGAUUGAAGUUCCAAAAAUAUACCAGCAGGACCAGGCCAUUUUGACAUAAUGAGAUUUCUAUUUUAGCUUGAUUUCUGGAACUCUGAAUAAACUGAAGGUCCUAUAAAGGGAAGUUUCUCAUCUAAACAAUUCUAGGAGCCUAUAACUCUUGGCUUAUUCAGAGCCUUGGAAACAGAUCUAGUCUCUGUUCCCGGAGGAAUAAGAUAAUUAGACAUUUCAUUUUAAUAUAUGAAGUGGAGCAGAAGGCAACAAUUUGCUUCGUCCUGGAAAAGAAAUUUGAUUAAAGAGGCAGACACUGGGAAGAGGUGAAGCCGCUACCUCAGGGCUGGUGAGAUGGCAGAAAGCUCCAUGGAUGCCUCAGCUCUGCCUGUCACAGUGAAGAAAAAGAAAAGCCUGUCCAUUGAGGAGAAAAUUGACAUUAUCAAUGCGGUAGAAAGUGGCAAGAAAAAAGCAGAGAUUGCAGCUGAAUAUGGAAUAAAGAAGAAUUCACUGUCUUCUAUCAUGAAGAAUAAAGAUAAAGUCCUAGAAGCCUUUGAGUCUCUGAGAUUUGACCCAAAGAGGAAGAGACUGAGGACUGCUUUCUACACUGACCUGGAAGAGGCGCUCAUGAGGUGGUAUCGAAUUGCUCAGUGUCUGAAUGUGCCAGUGAAUGGGCCGAUGUUGCGUCUGAAAGCUAACGAUUUUGCCCAGAAACUGGGACACAAUGACUUUAAGUGCAGUAAUGGGUGGCUGGAUCGAUUUAAAUCCAGGUAUGGUUUGGUCUUCAGAGCUCAGCCUGCAGAAGCUACAGGUGUGCCAGUAGACCCUUCAACUGUCUGGCACCAAAAUGUCCUUCCUUACUAUUUAAAUGAUUACCACCCUCAAAAUGUCUUUAACAUAAAAGAGACCGGGCUGCUCUAUAGAAUGUUACCCACGAAUACGUUUGCAUUUAAAGGGGAGACUUGCUCAAUUGGGAAGUUAUGUAAAGACAGAAUCACUCUGGUGGUUGGAACAAACAUGGAUGGCUCAGAGAAACUUCCUUUGCUCGUCAUUGGAAAAAACAGAAACCCACAUUGUUUUAAGGGCAUCAAGUCCCUGCCUGUGUGCUAUGAAGCUAACAGGAGGGCGUGGAUGACCUCAGAGGUUUUUGAACAAUGGAUGCACCAGCUCGAUGAGAAAUUCCAAGCCCAGCAACGCAGAGUGGUGAUUUUUGUUGACUCUUUCCCUGCACACCCAGAAGUAAAGAACCUGAAGUCAAUUGAGUUAGCGUUCUUCCCUUCGUGCUUACCUUCCAAGUUCAUAGCCAUGAAACAAGGUGUGAUCAAAAGUCUUAAAAUCAAAUAUCGGCACUGCCUCAUCAGGAAGUUUUUAAGCUCCGUGGAAGGCAGCAGGGAAUUUACAUUUUCUCUGUUAGAUGCAGUGGAUACCCUGCAUCUCUGCUGGAGGGCUAUCAGCCCAGAGACUAUCGUCAAGAGUUAUGAAGAGGCAGGGUUCAAAUCUCAGAAGCGAGAAAGCGAGGAGACAAAGGAGGAGACGGACACUGGCCUCGACCUGGUUGCCCACGCACAUGCUGCGGGAGUGGAGUUUCCAGAAGGUCUAUCCAUAGAGGAGUACGCAGCCCUGGAUGAGGACUUGGAGACGUGCGAAGGGGAGCCAGGUGAUGAUUCCGUGUGGACCAAAGAGAGCAAAUCAGACGACACUGGAUUUUAUGCAUCAGAUGAGGAGGAGGAUGAAGGGUCCCUGGGAACUGAACUCCCUUCACCAUCAAAAACGGAGGCAAUCGCUGCUUUAGAUACUCUUAAAAGUUUUCUCAGAAGUCAAGAUAUGAAUACUGGGCUUCAUAACUCUCUAGCAGACCUGGAGAUUUUCAUUAACUCUUUAUCAAAAUAAUUAUUUGUUGUAGAUUAUGUCAAUCUACAACAUCAUAAUAGAUUUUUCUGGUGUCUUUUCACCAUCUAGGUCAUGUAAAGGGAAAAUAAUGAAGAAAAAAAACGUGAAGCAAAAAAUAAUUUAUAACUGAAAAUGCUUCUAGUCUGGAUAAGUUCCCCCGGGGUAGACUAAAUAAUGAUGGAGUAAAAGAAAAAUAAGACUUUUCUUUUACCAAGGUUCU